AUGAUUGCUCAAAAUUCUGCAUUGCAUAAGGUCCAGAUUGAUAAAAUAAUUCCAAGAUGUUAUUAUGAUUAUAAAGCGGUUAAAAACAAUUAUACCGGAACUGAGAUAAAUACUCAUUUAACAAAUGCAUGCCGAGAAUUUUGUUUUAAUACCUUAAAUCAGAAAUCAGUGGAUCAAUGUCCUUUUUUUUCACAUUGCAUUGAUAUUGGAAGUUAUUUGUACUACACAAAAGAUACUGUAGGUGAUGAUCAAGUAAGAAGAUGUAAAUAUUUUAGCUACAAGCUGAUGAAUGAAAUAAAAAGUAAAUCUCUUGUAUGUGGGAACGUAAAAAAUUGUUACAAUAAUAUGUUUACAUAUAUUAAGAAACCUAAUAUAAAUUUAUUCAAGGAUCUUAUGCAUUGUAUAAACCAUGCUGAAGAUAUUAAUGAUGAUAUAUUAAAUAUAUUUCGCCAACUUGAUGUACUGUAUGAUAAGAUUGAAUUUUUAGAAUGGGGUUCUACAACUCAACUUAAUAUAGUAGUAAAUGUAUAUCUUAAUCUUUUAAAGUUGUGCCUUCAUGAUGAUAAUAAAGAAAUAACAGGUUUAAUUAAUGCACUAUAUGACUAUAAUGUUGAAUACGAGAAGCAUAGAACGAAAACUCCAUGGAGUACUUCUAAUCCGAGGCUUCCAAAUUACAAAGAAGAGAAAACUAAGUUAAUGCAGGAACUGGAACGCCGGAAAAAAGAGGCACUGGAAAUAAAAUUACGUACUGAAAAUGCAUCAACAAGUGAAAUAAAAAGUUAUGUAGAAUUUCCAGAAAAUCUAGAAUUAACAGCCUCUGGAACAUGGGUUAGCAUAAGCACAGCUGGUUUAACAAUUGCAAUAUUUUCAAUUUUUUUAAUUUUAUAUAAGUAUACGCCUUAUUUUUCAUUUUUACGACAAAUGAUAAGGAAAGCAAUGAGAAUACGGAAUAAAAAAAUUAAUCAUCAUCUAAAUUUAAUAAAUUCUUUUGAACAUACAUACAAUAAUCCGAUUAAUAGUAAUUAUAGAAUAAUAUAUAGCUCACAAGAUAACUAA